AUGCUUGACAACUACUUACGAAUCAUCCUAAUAGAUUUUGGUUUUGCUGAUAUUGUAGAUAAUAAAAAAAAGUAUAUCAAAAAUUGUGGAACACAGAAGUAUAUGUCACCAGAAUUACGGAUUUAGGAAAAAUAUAUACAAUCAAAUUUGUUGAAAAAAUGUGACAUUUUUGCUCUGGCUGUUCUAAUAUUUAUUUUGUAUUAUGGAUUCCCUCCAUUUUCUGAUAUCUCCUUAUUGGCAGAUUAUUUAUGA